AUGGCUGAGCUUGGUGAUGACUCUCUGAGGAUUGUUCUGGUUGGGAAAACAGGAAGUGGAAAGAGCGCCACGGCAAACACCAUCCUGGGGCAAAAGAUGUUUGCUUCUAGAAUCUCACCCCAUGCUGUCACCCAGACCUGUCAGAAAGCAUUCUGCAGGUGGAAUGAGAGAGACAUCCUGGUUGUUGACACCCCAGGGCUCUUCGACACCAAGGUAAAACUGGAAACCACCUGCAUUGAAAUCAGCCGGUGUGUCCUUCAGUCCUGCCCUGGGCCCCACGCCAUCAUUCUGGUUCUGCAACUGAACCGCUUCACAGUGGAAGAGCAAGAAACUGUUGUCAGGAUUAAGGCUAUCUUUGGUGAGGAAGUCAUGAAGUACAUGAUUGUCUUGUUCACCCGCAAAGACGAUCUGGAGGACCAGAGCUUAAACGACUUCAUUGCCGACUCAGACACAAACCUAAAAAGCAUCAUCAAGGAGUGUGAUGACCGCUGCCUGGCCAUCAAUAACAAAGCAGAGAGGGCCGAGAGGGAAAUGCAGGUGCAGGAGCUGAUGGGGCUUGUAGAAACCCUGGUACAGAACAAUGGCGGUCUCUACUUCUCCGAUCCCAUAUACCAGAACGCAGAGCAAAGACUGAAGGACCAAGUGGAGAUCUUGAGGAAAAUUUACACUGAUCAACCAGAGAAGGAGAUUAGAAUAGUGGAGAAGGACUAUGCUCUUGGAAAACUUAGUCGUCAGGAAAGAGAGGAAAAAAUAAAAGCCAUUAGGGAAAAUUAUGACCUGAAGAUAAGAAACCUACGUGAAGAGGCAGAGAUUAGCAUAUUCAGCCAGAUUGUUGAAGAAGUUAAGAAAAUUCUUUUGAGAAUAUGGAAUCUUUUUCAUAAGUAA